AUGACCAACGAAGAAAAUCAAGAAGAUGUGAACACUAAAGAAAAAUUAAGAGAUUAUUUGCAAUCUUUGAGAGUUUUGACUAACGAGCUGACCUUGAACAUUUAUAAGCUGACAACUACUAGUAUUAAUGAUGAAAUAAUCAAUGAUUGGAAAGAGAGAAUAAAUGUAACAAAGAUCAUCGAUGUAUUGUUCUUUAAUAAAGAAAAUUUGGAUUUGGGCCACGAUAAUUUGGUAUCUUUAAAAAAUCCAAUUGAAAUUGUUGAUGACGAUAAUAAAAUCAGAAAGAAAAAACUUUAUAAAAAUAAAUUCGUGGCGGAACAAGAAAUUGGAUUCCUACCAAAUAGAAAUGACGUUAAGAAAUUGGAAAAUGAAUUGAUCAAAUUAAAAUCGCUUGAAAAAUGCCAAAAUAUUCUAAAAUAUUACGGGUACACACAUACUCAUCAUAAAAAUAAUCACAGUAAUAAAUCAUAUCACGUGAUUACAAAUUGGUUCGAUUAUAAUCUCAAAGCAUACCUUACAACAAAUCCAAGAAUCAGCUCGAGUUUGAAAGUUAAAAUAGCUCUUGGAAUUGCAAGUGCAUUGAACUUUUGCCAUCAAAAAAACUUUUUACAUUGUAAUAUUAAAAGUACGAGCGUCCUGUUGAAUUUGUCUCUUGAUCCAAUUCUUUGUGACUUUGGAUCUGUCAAAUAUGAAAAUCCCAUUCUUUUCAAAUCUACUAAAUAUCAACAAGAUUCAAGAUACACAGCACCAGAAGUCCUUAAGUCUGACAAUUCAACUUAUACAAGAUCAAGCGACGUCUACAGUUUUUCAAUAUUGCUAUGGGAAAUUGCUAUGCAAACUUUCCCAUUUGGUAAAAUAGAUUCCAAUUUAAUUAAAAACAAAAUUCUGAAUGAUAAUGAACGCCCUCAACCUAAUGAUUUUGACAAAAUGGAAGGAAUACCCAAAGAGUAUCACAAAAUAAUGAUACAAGGUUGGAAUUCGGAUGUUAAGAAACGACCAACAAUUGGCGAAGUUCGUAAAGAUUUGAUUGAUUGUAUCAAUACUCGUUCACCUUUAACAACAAAUCCUCCUUCAAUAUUUAUUUCUAAACCAGCCACACCUCCUGAUGACGGAAGCGAAGAAGUUCUUUAUGAAGAUAUUUUUAGUGAAACUAGUUCAAUUUGUGACUAUGAAUUUCCAUCACCAACAAACACAACUCGUGAUUCAUUAACAAUUGCUAAACUUGAAGAAUAUGAUACAAAAACUCUUAUCAAUUCAUCAAGGUCAAGCAUAAUCAGUAACGAUGCACAAACUAUAAAUAUUGAGGAUUCGGAAGAUGAAAUUUCUUCAGAGUAUCGACAACACGAUCACUAUAAUACUUUUGGUAACGAAAAAUUGUCUGAAUUUACAAAAGACUAUAAUAAUAAAGAACAUAAAAAAGUUCGGAAAGAGUUCGAUGACAUUAGUGGUAAAAUCGACCCAAAAGAAGCAGUAGAGCUUACUGAUCCAGUAGCUCAAUUUGAAUAUGCAAAAAAGGUUCUGAGAGGGGGGCUUAACGACAAUGGCAAAAACGUGAAGGCUCUUGAAUCGGCAGAAAAUUAUUUAAAAAAAUCCGCUGAACAAGGCUAUAAACCUGCUCAAAAAAUUCUCAAGUCGCCUGAAACGAAAUGGAUGCACAAGCCGGAAAAGCAUACAGGACAAGAAUCUCGCGUAAAUGGGUUUAAAAAUAAAUCGUUAGCUACUACUAAUACUAAGAUCCACAAGAAACCCGAAUUGGUAAAACUUAAUAUUAACAAACAAAAAUCUCGUGAAAUUGGAGUUAAAAGUAAAAAUGGAGUCAAGGUUGCUAAUAACACUUUAAAGUCGACGACUAAUACCAUUACCACCGCUAAAACGACUUUGUUUCCUGAUCUAGAAUCAUCAUUGUCGUUGAUAUCAUCUUCCAAGUCGACAUCAUCAAGUUCAUCAAGGUUACCACCGCCAUCCAAAAUUCCUCGCUACACAUCAUUAGUAAUUAGAUAA